UUUUCCCUUCUGAAAGAAAGAAAAAAGAACUCCAUCUUCUAGGGCUCGCAAUUUACUCUUCACUUCGCGCUCUCUUCCUCCUCUCAAUUUCCUCUCCAAUUCGAGGUCUAUCAAUUGUUCAUCUGGUCGUGGUCUAUAGUGAUGUGUGCUUGAGUUAUGGCGCUUAAAGUUCAUCCUUCCAAGGCAGCGGAGAUAGCCAUUGGAUCUAUUGGUCGUGGUUAUGACAUAACGAUUGAUCUAAGACUCAAGUACUGUAAAGGGAAUUUUCAUGGUUCUCGGUUGAUAGAAAUUGAUGAAGGUGUGGGCCAUGAGAUUGUUCUUCCUGGUGGGAUUUUAAUCUCAAAUGUACCCAAAUCAAUUAAGUGUGACAAAGGGGAGCGAACGAGGUUCAGGUCUGAUGUUCUCUCUUUCCAACAGAUGUCCGAGCAGUUUAAUCAGGAGAUGACUUUGACUGGUAAAAUUCCUUCAGGUCACUUAAACACCAUGUUCGAGUUUUCAGGAUGUUGGCAGAAAGAUGCAGCCAAUACGAAGAACCUAGCUUUUGAUGGGGUCUUUAUUACCCUGUACACGGUUGCUUUGGAAAAAUCACAGAUGGUACUCUGUGAUCACGUAAGGAAAGCAGUGCCUUCAACUUGGGACCCUGCUGCACUUGCGAGGUUCAUUGAAACCUUCGGCACCCACAUUAUUGUUGGUUUAAAGAUGGGAGGAAAGGAUGUGAUAUAUAUGAAGCAGCAGCAUUAUUCUACUCUUCAACCUUCUGAAGUGCAGAAAAGAUUGAAGGAGAUGGCAGAUAAAAGGUUUUCAGAGACCAUUGGACAAUAUGGAAUGGGUUCUGAACAGAUUUACAACAGUGACAAGGAUAUUCUAGCCAUUUACAAGAGAAGAGGUGGAAGUGACAGGAUUAACUACCCUCAUCAUGAGUGGUUGCAGACAGUUCAGUUGGAGCCAGACGUGAUCUCAAUGUCGUUUAUCCCAAUUACUUCUUUAUUGAAUGGAGUUCCAGGAAGUGGGUUCUUGAGCCAUGCAAUAAAUCUUUAUCUGCGAUACAAACCACCAAUUGAAGAGCUUCAUCAAUUUUUGGAGUUUCAGCUCCCAAGGCAAUGGGCGCCAAUAUUCAGUGAGCUUCCACUUGGUCCACAGCGCAAACAACACAACUUGGCAUCUCUACAGUUUAGCCUUAUGGGAUCAAAGCUUUAUGUGAAUACUACUCCAGUUGAUGUGGGCAGGAGGCCAGUUACGGGUCUCCGGCUUUAUUUGGAAGGUAAAAGAAGCAACUGUUUAUCCAUCCACUUGCAACACCUCUCCUCUUUACCCAAAAUUUUUCAACUCACGGAGGAUCCAAAUGGCAACUUCUGUCAGGAGUCAUACGAUCGCAGAUAUCUUGAAAAAGUUCAGUCCAAGUACUUUUCUCAUGUGUGCACUGCUCCUAUUGAGGCCGAUGAGGAUCUCUCAAUUGUAACUGGGGCACAGUUGCAGGUUGUAAAUCAUGGAAUGAAAAAUGUUCUGUUUCUGCGACUCCGCUUCUCUUCAGUUUUGGGAGCAACGGUUGUAAGGCAGCCUGAGUGGGAAGGUUCACCUGGACUGGCCGCCAAGUCUGGACUCAUAUCAACACUAAUCAGUCAUCAUUUCUCAACAGUUCAGAAACCACCUCCAAAACCAGCUGAUGUGAUUAUAAACUCUGCUGUGUAUCCUGGGGGUCCACCAGUGCCUGUACAGGCCCCUAAGCUUCUGAAAUUUGUAGAUACCACUGAAAUGAAAAGAGGACCCCAAGAUACUCCUGGGUAUUGGGUUGUUUCUGGGGCAAGGCUCAUGGUGGAGAAGGGGAGGAUCUCUCUCCGGGUUAGGUUUUCCUUACUAACUGUAAUAUUACCGGAUGAAGAAGAAAUCAAUGAUAAUUAGCUCGUUGUGUUUGUUUGAUUGGUGUCAAGUAUGAAUGGAAGUUGUAAAGCAAGCGGGUUGAAGACUGGAGAUUAUCGAGAAUCAACAGCAGAUCUUCUAACCAGGCUGAAGGGUCUCAACUGCUCUGAAAAGGAGAAGUGUUAAGAGAGGAGUUAGAUCCUCUUUUAGGACAAUCCAAUUAAGCCCGAGAGAAAUAAUUCGAGGAGGAGUGAGACAACGUUGGAUGACUCUGCUGUGUAUUCGGUUACAAUUCAAAUGAGGAGUCAUCUAUGUCGGUGAUGUAAUUUACUUUUUGUGUAGGUAAUAGGGAAUUCAACACAUUGAAGGUUCUUGCACCUUUUCACGUAAUAUUUGUACAUAACAUUUUCAGGUCUUCUGUGAAUAAGUAGAGAUUUCAAAUGUUUCUUGUGCUUGUUAGCCAUGUUUGUGAAUGAAAGCUUUCAAACAAACACUCUUUAAAUUCUUGAA